GUUCUGAGGUGCGCUCCAUUACCAAGUCACACCACCAGCAUCACAAUCGUCGUCGUCAUAUCUUAUCUUCUUAAUCGACCAUGGCUUACAGGGGCCAGGACCACGUCGUCCACGUUCACGACGGCGAUGUUGACGACGAAAGGGGCCUGUCUCCGAUCGGCGCGGGACACCAGGGCCAAUUGAGCGAGAGCUUCUACCACGAGGCCGCGGCUGCGUUGGGCAACAUCAACGCCGAUGGCGAUGGAUCGAGGCAGCCAGCUGCGAGCGCACAUGCAGCGGGCCUCAAUGCCUACCUGCCCACGCUUCUGCAAUCUCCCUACGACACUGCGAGCAGCCCGCUGUCCCAACAACAGGACCCGGCACCAUCAUACACGAGCCCGGCCGGAUACGAUUACGCGCGAGGCUAUGUCCAGCCGGGCGCCGAUGACGAGGAGGAAGCCGGCGUCUAUGGCUACGAGGACGAGGAUCAGAACGGGAAACCCUACCAAGGCUACGGGCAACAGGACUAUGCACAGUACGAGGAGGAGGAGAGGCAGUUUGGCAACUUUGCUGCCGAAGGCUAUGAGCAGUCGCCGUACGGGUAUGAAGGAGAGGAGAGAAGAUCCAGCCAAGAAACGUAUCUGGGCACAGGAGAAGACGACGUCGCUGGUCCGUCCGAGAAGGAGGCCAUCAUGUAUGGCUCCGACACGAUGCACUUUGGGCCAGCGCCAGCGCGAGGCGCCCAGCUUCGGCGGCAUAAGACAAAGAAGAACGUCAAAUUGACACAGGGUAACCUCGUUCUCGACUGUCCCGUGCCCACCAAGCUCCAGAGCUUCCUCUCGAGGAGAGGUGACGAUGAGUUCAUGCAGAUGCGGUACACGGCAGCCACCUGCGAACCCGACGACUUCUCACAAUCCAACUUCAGCCUUCGACCGGCACUCCUAAACCGGCACACCGAGAUCUUCAUCGCGAUCACCCUGUACAACGAAGACGAGGUGCUCUUUACGCGCACCUUGCACGGGGUCAUGAAGAACAUCGCACACCUCUGCUCGCGGCACAAGAGUCGCACCUGGGGCCCAGAGGGCUGGCGCAAGGUUGUCGUCGCCAUCAUUGCAGACGGUCGAAAGAAGAUUCAUCCCCGGGUGCUCGACGUUCUUGCCAGCCUGGGCAUUUACCAGGAGGGCGUGGCAAAGAACAGCGUCAAUGGCAAGGCAGUCGAGGCGCACAUCUACGAGUACACGACGCAGCUCUCCAUCGACUCCAAUCUGCAGUUCAAGGGUGCCGAGAGAGGUCUCGUGCCCAUGCAGGUCAUCUUCUGUCUCAAAGAGAGCAACAAGAAGAAGAUCAACUCCCACCGCUGGUUCUUCAACGCUUUUGGUCCCAUCAUUCAGCCCAAUGUAUGUGUCCUCAUCGACGCAGGGACAAGGCCAGAGAACAAGUCCAUCUACCACCUCUGGAAGACAUUCGACCUCAACUCUAACGUCGCUGGUGCCUGUGGCGAGAUCACAGCAGAUGUCAAGGGCAAGUGGGGCUUGGGACCGGCACUUCUGAAUCCUCUCGUGGCGGCGCAGAACUUCGAGUACAAGAUCAGCAACAUCCUUGACAAGACGACCGAGUCGGUCUUUGGCUACAUCUCCGUCUUGCCGGGUGCCUUUUCCGCCUACCGCUACAUUGCGCUGCAGAACAACGAGCUUGGUCAGGGACCUCUCGCCUCUUACUUCAAGGGAGAGACGAUGCAUGGCGCAGAGGCAGACGUCUUUACAAGUAACAUGUACCUUGCCGAAGAUCGUAUUCUCUGCUUCGAGCUGGCAGCCAAGAGGCAAGAAGGAUGGGUGUUGCGAUACGUCAAGAGCGCGAGAGGUGUCACCGACGUACCUGACCGGCUACCCGAAUUCAUCAGCCAGCGUCGUCGGUGGCUGAACGGCUCCUUCUUCGCUGGUGUCUACGCCUUGACGCACACGACGCAGUUCCUGUCCUCGGGCCACGGCGUCUGGCGCAAGGCUAUGCUCCUCGUCGAGUCACUCUACAGCUUCAUCAAUCUCGCAUUUGCCUGGUUCUCGCUCGCCAACUUCUACAUCUUCUUCCGCAUCUUGUCGCAGUCUCUCGAGGCGCCGUCGUUCCACCUGGGCAAGGGCAUCGCAGUAUGGAACACCGUCGUGCAGUACAUCUACCUGGGAACCACGAUUUCGUGCUUCAUCCUCUCGCUCGGCAACCGGCCCCAGGGCAGUCGGUGGAAGUAUUUCCUCGUCAGCUGCAUCUAUGCUGCGCUCACGCUCUUCAUGAUGAUUGCUGCCGUUCUGUGUCUCGUACAAGCCGUCAAGCACGCCGACCAUGACUCCAUCUACGCCCAGAUGAUCGUCAGUGUUCUGGCAACUUAUGGCGUGUACCUCCUCAGCUCCUUCAUCGCUCUCGACCCGCUGCAUCUCGUCACGAGCUUCUUCCAGUACCUCCUCUUUGUUCCUACCAUGGUCAACCUCGUAUCGUGCUACAGUUUCUGCAACCUCCACGACUUCAGCUGGGGCACAAAAGGUGCUACAGCCGAGCAAAACGACCUGGGCAUCGUCGUCUCGAGCGGGCAAGGAAUCGUCGAGGUCACACUGCCGACGAACCAGGCUGACAUUGACAGCCUGUACGACCAGUCGCUGCACAACCUCCGCACGCGGCCGAUGCUCUUCAAGGGCGAGGAAAAGCGCGAAGAGAAGGAGGCGCGGAGGAUGGACUACUACCGGAAUAUCCGAACUAAUGUCCUCCUGGCUUGGUGCUUGAGCAACGGCGUCCUGGCUGCCCUUAUCCUCUCGGGCGACACCCGGGGCACGUUUGAGCCCGGGUCUGGGACUACCAGGAGCAAGAUUUACAUGCUGCUGGUGCUUGUCUUUGUCGGUGCGCUCAGCUGCAUCAGGUUCAUUGGCAGCACAGCCUUUAUGGUCCACCGCGCCGUCGUUGGGUAGACCUCAUUCUCUUUUAUCGCUUUGCUUGUAUUCGUUAAAGGUUACAUUGAUGUAUGGACAAUUUUCUUCUCUCUUUCUCUCUCUCUCUUCUCCUCCCUCUAGGUGCAAUUCGCAAUGACUCUCUGCUCA